UUUCCAGUUGACGACAGUGUCAGAAACGUAUUCGGAGUUACUUAGUAUUUAGUAUCUUUACACCUUAAACACAGAAGUCGUAGUUCUCAGCAAAACCAGUAACAAAAUUAUUCGAUUAUUUCGAUUCACAUAUAGCGACAACUUUCUUCAAGUGUAAUAAAUAUAGAUACAAUGACCUCCAUCAAAGAGGACAGCAGCAGCGUCCACUCCGCCGCCAGCCGGGAGACAGACCGCGAGAGGGAACGGGAGCGAGAGAAGGAGCAUGAGAACGAGCUGCUCCAGUCCCCGUCAAAGUUCAAGACUCAGACUCUGACCAAGACACAGGCGCCAGAGGCUGGGGCAAGCCCAGAGAAGUACGUCCGCGUGCGCGACAUGAUCAACCUAUACAACUUCGCCAUGCAGAAGAACCAGGAACUGGAACACGCCAAGUCUAUAUUAUUCGGCAGGGGUCAGGAGGCAGAGCGCGAUAUUUCGGGCGAUAUGCCGACGUCGAUAGAGAAGGAGGAGGAGGGUUUAGUCGAUGAAGGUCAGGAUAACCCUAGCCAGAGCCAGGCCUCGAUGUCGCAAGUAGGUGAGAGACUGACGGUGGAAAAGUCAUAUCGAAGCAAAACCACCCUUCGACGCACAGAUCAGGGUGUUCGCAUUAUCAUUGAUAUAUUUAUGGAUAAGAAUGAUAGCGAGAUCAAUAUAGUGGGUAGCCGUGUGGAGACGGAUAUACCCGAAAGCCGCAUCCUAGCGGACUUUCAGAAGCAAUCGUUAGAGAUGGAAAAGAUAAAGUUUAAGCAAGAGCAGGCACAGGUUUGCAAGAUCGCUGACCAAGAUCAGGUGGACAAGCUUACAUAGGCUACUUCAGGCUAGCCAGUAUUAUGUUAGAACAUAACAAAAUUUUAGGUUACAUCGUAUACGCGGAGUUAUUUCUGUUAAUUUGUUCGUUAAUUUUCACAAAAACAACUAUCACAAUGACAAAAAUAAAUCGUUUAUUGACUGUCUAA